CCGCCGUUAAAUCCACCGAAGAAGAACCGAAGCCUGAGAGAACAACAACUUGUUUAUGGAAGGAGAGACGACGGCAUGCGAGACACGUUUUCAAAAAACCUACAUCGAGGGAACGUGUAUUAUUAUUAGUGAAAAACCCGAGACAAACAGUCGAGAUGGUGUCUUAUAAGAGACUGAGCCCAGAGGAUGUCCAGUUCACCAACGCUGCUGCUUCAGAGGAGGCUCCUGUACGGGAGGAGGGGAAGGACCCAGAGGAGACAGAGCGCCCCCUGCUGCCCCGGAGGCCCUCCUGUUCUGCCACCACGGCCCUCAUCUCCCUGGGCUCCCUGCUGCUCCUGGUCUGUGGCCUCUGGCUUCUGGUGACCAUCUUCUGGCUCCAAGCCCCCUCCAACAGCGUCCCCCACAGGGCCCCGCCGCCCAGGGGCUCCCCAGGGACGGGUGGGGGAGACGGGGGUAGAGCCCUACCAGAGCCCCAGGCUUGUGGAGUGGUCCCAGAGGCCUGGAGGUUUGACUGCUACCCAGAGAGAGGGGUGGUGGUGACCAGGGAGUUGUGUGAGGCGAGGAACUGUUGCUUCAUCCCUGCCCCCUCCUCCCCCCCUGCCUCCUCCUCGAGGAACGGUGUUCCCUGGUGUUUCUACCCUCCUGGGUACCCCUCCUACUCCCUGGUGUCUGUUAACGCCACAGACUUGGGUCAGACAGGAACUCUGGAGAAGACGGUGAAGACCUACUACCCUGAAGACAUUCUGACCUUACAGCUGGAGCUCCUCUAUGAGACGGACAACAGGCUCCGAGUCAGGAUCACCGACCCGUCUGAGUCGCGGUUCGAGGUGCCAAUCGCCGUGCCCAAGGCCACAGAGAAGGCCUCUAGUCCCGCCUACUCUGUGGAGCUGUCCAAUGAGCCGUUUGGCAUCAUCGUGAAGAGAACUUCCACAGGAGCUGUGCUCCUCAACACCACGGCAGCUCCUCUGUUCUACUGUGACCAGUUCCUCCAGCUGUCCAGCAGUCUGUCCAGUCAGUACAUCUAUGGGCUGGGAGAACACCGCUCCUCCUUCCUACACGACAUCCACUGGAACACCCUCACCAUGUGGGCGAGAGACGUGGCGCCCACGGAGCUGACUAACCUGUACGGGGUUCAUCCCUUCUACCUGGCCAUGGAUGAGGGAGGGACGGGGACAGCACAUGGAUUCUUCCUGCUCAACAGCAACGCUAUGGACGUGGUCCUCCAGCCGGGCCCUGCCAUCACCUGGCGUACCAUUGGUGGGAUCCUGGACUUCUACGUCUUCCUGGGUCCCGAUCCGGCCUCUGUGAUUGGACAGUAUUUGGAGGUCGUAGGUUACCCCGCCAUGCCGGUCUACUGGGCGCUGGGGUACCAUCUCUGUCGCUGGGGUUACGGAAGUAGCAAUGCCACCUGGGACGUCGUCAAGAACAUGAGGAACUAUGGAAUACCUCAGGAUGUGCAGUGGAAUGAUAUAGACUACAUGGACCGUUCUCUAGACUUCACCUUUGACCCCACGGCCUUCUCGACCCUGCCUGACAUGGUGAAAGACCUACACAGCCACGGACAGCGCUACGUCAUGAUGCUGGACCCAGGUAUCAGUAGUGUCCAGCCAGAAGGAGGGUACUGGCCGUAUGACGAAGGUCUGAGGAGAGGAGUCUUCAUCAACCACACAGAUGGAAGCACACUCAUCGGGAAGGUGUGGCCAGGUCUGACAGCGUUUCCUGAUUUCUCUGAUGAUGUGACCCAUGAGUGGUGGUACGACAAUCUCAAGAGGUUCCACGACAAAGUUCCCUUCGACGGACUCUGGAUCGACAUGAACGAGCCAUCUAGCUUCGUGGACGGGUCGACCAUUGGUUGUCCUGACACCGAGCUGGAGAACCCUCCGUACACACCUGGUGACACACACCUCUUUCAUCUUGCUCUCUUUCUCUGCCCUCUCUCCUCUCGUUCUUUCUCCUCUCGUUCUUUCACCUCUCGUUCUUUCACCUCUCGUUCUCUCACUUCUCUCUCUCACCUCUCGUUCUCUCACUUCUCUCUCUCACCUCUCGUUCUCUCACCUCUCGUUCUCUCACUUCUCUCUCUCACCUCUCGUUCUCUCACUUCUCUCUCUCACCUCUCGUUCUCUCACCUCUCGUUCUCUCACCUCUCGUUCUCUCACCUCUCUCUCACUUCGUAUUUCACUGAAGCUGUCAAGGCCUCCGGGGUAACCAAUCUCAUGCCCCUGCGGUGUGUGGUCCCGGUCACCGUGGUUACCGUCUGGACCUAG